UUGAGGAUGACGUAAAAGAAAAGAAGCCAGCAGUGGAAACCCUUUUGGCAAAAGAGAGACCGCCGUGCCAGCCUGAGAAGGGCCAGUAUGACGGUCCUCAGCGCAGAUUGGACAUCCAUUCAAGUUUCUCCUUAAAGACUGGAAAGACAAAUGCCAGCUCGCAGCUGUAACUUUGACUGGUAGUGCAGCAGGAGAUGCGGCUCUCGACAAAUUCAACAAAUCCUGGACGGAGAUCGACGAUUGGCUGACUCUGCUGGAUCACAUGGUCCAGACCCAGAGAGUAAUGGUGGGAGAUCUGGACGAGAUCAACGAAAUGACGGUCAAACUCAAGUCAACACUGCAAGACAUGGAGCAAAGAUGCCCACAGCUGAACAAACAAAUCACUGCGGCUCAGAACCUGAAGAACAAAACCAAUAACCCUGAGACACGGGCAACCAUUACAGACCGCAUUGAGAAGUUACAGGCACAUUGGGAAGAUUCUCAUGCCAAGCUGACGGCCAGAGUUCUUACACUGCAGAACAUGUAUAAGGACUCCAGUGAUUGGUUGGAGGCCAGAAAAAGGGUGGAGCCUUUCAUUAAGAAAGCUAAUGAAAAACUCGAGAGCUGGAAAAAAGUUUCGCACAGCGUUGAAGAUUUAAAAGGCCAAAAUGCAGAUGUCAAGCAACUUUCUAAGGAUCUACAGCAGUGGCAGACUCAGAUGAAUGUCACCAAUGAGCUGGCAAACAAACUACUGACUCUUUAUGCAGACGACGACACAAGCAAAGUGAAACAAAUGACCGAGAGCAUGAAUCUGGCUUGGGCCAACAUCAAAAAGCGGGCAGGGGACAAGGAGGCAGAUCUGGAAGCCGGACUUCGGCAGUUGCAACAUUUCUACUUGGACCUGGAAAAAUUCCUUAAUUGGCUCACGGAGGCAGAAACCACUGCCAAUGUCUUACAAGAUGCCACCUUUAAGGAGGGACUUCUGGAAAAUCCUGCCACAGUUCGACAUUUACUCGAGCAAUGGCAGGAUCUCCAGGCAGAGAUUGAUGCUCACCGGGAGACGUACCAUUCGUUAGAUGAAAACGGACAUCGUAUUGUGUCGUCUCUGGAGGGAACGGACAAUGCUGUGGUGCUACAAAAACGGCUUGACGACAUGGGGCAGCGAUGGCAUGAGUUGUGCAACAAAGUUAUGAGUAUAAGGCCCUAUCUGGAUGCCGGCGUGGAUCAGUGGAAACACUUGCACAUGUCCUUACAAGAGCUUCUCAACUGGCUGCAGCUGAAGAGGGAAGAGCUGGAGAAGCAGAAGCCAGUAGGGGGCGACGUGUCGACCGUUCACCAACAGCUCCUUACGCACAAGGCUUUCAGAAGAGAGCUGGGUGCCAAAGAACCUGUAAUCAAUGGAACACUCGACAAUGCGAAAACCUUCCUCGCUGAGAUGCCUCGUGAGGGCCUGAAACAGAGACCUGGGCAAAAAGAUGUCAGUCCUGAGGAGCGGGUUCAAAACGUGGGCCGCAUACUGCGCAAAGAAGUGGAGGAUGUAACGGUGCGAUGGAAGAAUCUGGGUGCAGCUUCUGUGGACUGGCAGCAACAGCUGGAACUGGCCUUGGAAAGGCUGAUGGAGCUCCAGGACGCCCAGGAUCAGCUGGACUACAAGCUACGACAGGCUGAGAGCGUGAAGAAUUCUUGGAAGCCUGUUGGGGAGCUGCAUGUAGACGAUUUGCAAAACCACAUAGACAGAGUGAAGGCAUUCCAGGAAGAGAUAGCUCCCAUUCAGGAUAACGUAAAUCAUGUCAACCAGCUGGCCUCCACAUUUAGACCACCUGACAUUCAGCUUUCUCCAGACAACCUGAGCAGAAUCGAUGACCUCAACAUGAGAUGGAGGCUUCUGCAGAUCUCCAUUGAGGAACAUCUGACUCAGCUGACCACAGCCUUUAAGGACUUGGGACCCUCUCAGAAUUUCCUUCAUGCGUCUGUUGAAAGCCCUCUCGAACGCUCUAUUUCACCCAACAAUGUCCCCUACUAUAUCAAUCACCAGACCCAAACAACAUGUUGGGACCACCCAAAGAUGGCAGAACUCUACCAGUCAUUAGCGGAUCUCAACAACGUGCGGUUCUCGGCAUACAGGACGGCAAUGAAGCUCAGACGAAUGCAGAAAGCCCUCUGCUUGGAUCUUCUGAGCAUGCCUGCAGCCUGUGAAGCCUUUGAGCAGCACAAUCUCAAACAGAAUGAGCAGUUCAUGGACAUCGUGCAGGUGAUCAACUGUCUGACCAGCAUCUACGACCGUCUGGAGCAGCAGCACAGCAGCCUGGUCAACGUGCCUCUCUGUGUGGACAUGUGUCUCAACUGGCUGCUCAACGUUUACGAUACAGGACGAGCUGGGAAGAUUCGUACCCUAUCCUUCAAAACAGGAAUAAUCUCUUUGUGCAAAGCUCACCUUGAAGAUAAGUACAGAUUUUUAUUUCGAGAGGUGGCCAGUGCCACAGGCUUCUGUGACCAGCGACGCCUCGGCCUCCUCCUGCACGAUGCCAUUCAGAUCCCCAGGCAGCUUGGUGAAGUGGCGUCUUUCGGAGGGAGCAAUAUUGAGCCCAGUGUGCGCAGCUGCUUUCAGUUCGCUAAUAACAAACCGGAGUUAGAGGCUUCAGUCUUCCUGGACUGGAUGCGUUUAGAACCUCAGUCGAUGGUUUGGCUUCCUGUCCUUCACCGUGUAGCGGCCGCUGAGACAGCAAAGCACCAGGCUAAAUGCAACAUUUGUAAGGAAUGUCCUAUUAUUGGCUUCAGGUACCGAAGUUUAAAGCACUUUAACUAUGAUAUCUGCCAAAGCUGCUUCUUUUCUGGCAGAGUGGCCAAAGGUCACAAGAUGCAGUACCCUAUGGUUGAAUAUUGCACACCGACGACGUCAGGAGAGGAUGUGAGAGACUUUGCCAAGGUGUUAAAGAACAAGUUCAGGACAAAGCGCUAUUUUGCCAAGCACCCUCGCAUGGGUUACCUUCCCGUCCAGACCAUCCUUGAAGGAGACAACAUGGAGACGUGA